AUGAAGUUCUCCAUCCUCGCCGUCCUCAGCGUCGCUGCCGUCGCUGUCGCCAAGCCGGUGCCGGACACUCGCAGCGAUUGCACAUGCCCUAUUCAGCCCAAGGCUUGCGGUUGUGUUAUCCCGCAGUCCGUGGUUCUCGCAGAAUUGCAAACAAACCUCUUCCUCAUUAGUCUGGUCCAGCCCUGCGCCACCAUAAGCAGUUGGCCUGGCGUUGGCUAG